UUAUGAAUUUAUUAAUUCAUUUUACAUUUUAAGUUUGAUAUAGCAGUAUGUGUCUGUAAAUGUGUUUAGUUUAAAAUGAUAAAGUUUACAAUUAUUUGCAUUUUGUUGUGUUCGAUUUCUGGUCAAGAAACUACAGAAAGUCACGAAGAUUUGUUUGAAUUGAACAUAUUGCAUUAUAAUGAUUUUCAUGCAAGAUUUGUAGAAACAAGUCCGGCUGGUUUAGUUUGUGACAAUACCAUAGCACCUUGUGUUGGGGGGUUUGCAAGACUCGCCACAGCGGUACGAGAAGCGAAACAGAGGGAGCCACUGUCGCUGUUGCUGAAUGGUGGGGACAGCUUCCAAGGAACGAUAUGGUAUAAUCUGUUGAGAUGGAAUGUAACGCAAGAGUUUAUGAACAUGCUGCCUCAUGAUGCUCACGUUCUAGGAAACCAUGAGUUUGAUAAUGGCAUUAUAGGGGUUGUUCCAUAUCUAGAACAUCUCAGUGGUCCUGUCGUGACAGCCAAUAUCAUAGAUGAUGAUGAACCAACCAUACAAGGCCUUUACAACCACAGCAUCAUAGUAGAGCGAGGAGGUCGUAAGAUUGGUAUAAUCGGUGUUAUUAUUGCUACUACAAACGAAUUAGCUUCGACUGGUAAUUUAAGAUUUACUGAUGAAGUAGAAACUGUCAAACACGAAGCUGAACUACUGAAUGCACAAGGCGUAGACAUUAUCAUUGUUUUAUCUCACUGCGGACUUGAUAUUGACAGAGAGAUCGCGCUCCAUGGUGGUCCCUACAUAGACAUAAUAGUUGGUGGUCACAGCCACACCUUGUUGUACGACGGCGAACCUCCAGACACGACCGCUUUUUCUCCUCAAGGACCUUAUCCUGUUGUUGUUGAGCAAAAUGGGAAAUCUGUUCUUAUAGUACAAGCGGCGGCCCACACGUUGUAUUUAGGAGAAAUAAAAUUAUUUUUCGAUACUACUGGAAACCUUAUCAGGUGGGAAGGCAAUCCCCAUUACAUCGGUAAUGAAAUCGAACAAGCUCCCGAUGUCCUCGAGAAGAUAAACUAUUACUUGCCACGAGUGACGGAGAUGGCUUCCCAAGAGUUAGGCAGGUCCCUGGUGCACAUGUCCUCGUCCUGUUCAUGCCAGGAAUGCAACCUGGGGAGUUUCGUUUGCGAUGCGUUCAUGGAUUCUAUAAUAGACAAAGCAAAAGGCAAUAAUAGCUGGCAUCAUGCGCAUUUCUGCAUUAUUAACCAAGGAAGCAUCAGGGCGGACAUUGGAGAUGGCGUGAUAACGUACGAAUCUAUGAUCCUGUCGACACCUUUUGAGAAUACAGUGGAAGUCUUCGAGUUGCGGGGAGAUCACAUUAUGGAAAUGCUGGAGUAUUCAGUGGCCAACAUCCCGUUCCUUGGCGCCAGGAUGCUGCAAGUGUCAGGGCUGCGUCCUGUGUUCGACGGCUCGCGUCCCCUCGGCGACAGGGUUGUCGACGUAUCAGUUCGGUGCAUCGACUGCGACGUACCUCGCUACGAGCCGUUGGAACUAGACAAAUAUUAUAAAGUCGUCUCGCAAAAUUUCAUCGGGCAAGGCGGUGACGGAUUCUCUAUGAUAUCAGAAAACCGUCGUAACAUAGAAGGGGUGGGCAGGGACUAUGACAUUUUGAUGCAGUACAUACAGCGGCAAUCUCCUGUCUUCAGUGAAGUCGAUGGAAGAAUACAUAUCGACAACCCUUGCAUGGGUUGAUGCUUGUGGUACAUUAAACAUGACACAUACGUUUUUUAAA